AAGGAUAUUUAUCGCAGUGGAGGGCCAGAUCUCCAUAAUUUCAUCUCCUCCGGGUUUGUCACGUUAGGAAGAGGACACACGAAGGAUGACCAAGAACAAAAUUAUAAUCACCUGAUACUAAACAGUGCCACCCAGACACCUACACAUGACAAGCCACGAAUGAACAACAUCCUCACCUCAGCCACCGAGCCCUACGACCUGUCCUUCUCCCGCUCCUUCCAGAACCUCUCCCACCUCCCGCCGUCCUACGAGUCUGCUGUCAAGACCAACCCCAGUAAAUAUUCAUCUCUGAAGAGACUCACUGACAAAGAGGCUGACGAGUACUACAUGAGGAGGAGACACCUGCCCGACCUGGCAGCCCGGGGCACGCUGCCCAUCAACGUCAUCAAAAUGUCUCAGCAGGGCAACCACCGGGACAGGCCCCGCCGCCCCAUCAGGGCCAUGUCCCAGGACAGGGUGCUGUCCCCGGAGAGGAUCAUGCCCGAGGAGUUCAGCAUGUCCUACGAGCGGAUCCUGUCCGACGAGCAGCUGCUGUCAGCGGAGCGCCUGCACUCCCAGGACCCGCUGCUGUCCCCGGAGCGCUCGGCCUACCCCGAGCAGUCCAUGUCCAGGGCACUGUCACACACGGACGUCUUCGUGUCAACACCCGUCUUGGAUCGCUACAGGAUGUCAAAAAUGCACUCCCAUCCCAGUGCCUCAAAUAACUUGUACAAUACCUUGAGUAUGAACCCGACCUCGGCCAAGCGCCAAGCGUUCGCCUCGCGCCGGCACAACACGGUGGAGCAGCUGCAUUACAUCCCCGGGCACCACCACCACUACCGCACCGCCAGCAAAACCGAGGUGACUGUUUGACACAACCCGGUGCAUUGUAGAUACUCCUUAAGGACUGGGGUGGCCGCAGCACCCCGUUCUGCAGUGGCCUUAUAGGCCAAGAUAACCUCUACUAACUCAGUGUCUGCAAAGACUUCUCUGGCAGUCCCGCCCGCGUUGUUUUUAAAGCCACCUCUUCAUCAGCGACACAAGGAGGAACUGAAGCAGCAGUCAGACACUAGCGAGGGGGAACUGAGGAAAUUUCCUGGUGUGCAUCAGUUUCUGUCAAAGAAAGCCAUAGUAAUCGAUGGCUCCUUCCAAGGGCUCACCUGCAUUAUCCCAUAGUUUCCAUGAGUUCAGGACUUUUCAGUUGCUCCAAGGAGAAGCAGCCUGAGACAGGGAGGAGGAAAUGCA